AUGAAAGUACUAUCAAUUAUUUUACUGACAAUUGCCGCAGCGGCUAAUUCUGAAAACCUGUGUCCUAAAAUACAAGAAGUUGAUUGGAAAGUAGAACUGCUGUUACCACACAGGUACUGCAACAAGUUCUAUCAAUGUACUCACGGUCAGCCGGUGGAGAUGUCAUGUCCACCAGGGAGUUACUUCAGCAUAACCGACCAGGUUUGCACCUGGAGGGAAAAUGUUGAUUGUGCAAAUAGAAUAACUAUUGAAGAUUCGAAGCCAGAUGACGGGAAAAGCGAAGAAGUAGAUAGACCUGUUUUGCCUAUUAUAGAAUUUCAUCCAAAUGGUUGCCCGGUAAAUGAUGAAAUACAUUGGUUGUUGCCUCACGAGAGAAGUUGCAGUCUAUUUUAUUAUUGUGUGCAGGGUGAGAGAGAUAUCAGACGAUGUCCGUUUUGGUUGCAUUUUAACAGGAAGCUUCAGGUUUGUGACUGGCCAAGAAACGCUGGUUGUAUCGAGUUUGCAGAGUAA